UCACUUGAUUUUGCGAAAAAUGUGCAAGUUUUUGGCUAUUCUGGCUUUCAUCGUCGUGUCUGUUGGGGCUCAGACAACAUGCAAUGCAAUCGGUCUUCUUGGUCCAUCAGUUGGUGGGUUAUGCCCAAGUGGCUACACUGUCGUCACUAGUGGAGACUGUUGUGCCAGUGACCAAGUUGUCACGUGUGCUGACAAGACCAAUGCCAAUGGUGUCAAUGAGUGCCCUGGAUUGAAGAGCUACUGUAACAAUAGUCAGUACAAGACUUUGAUGACACAACAAUGCGCGAAAACUUGCGGAUUUUGCACCGGAACUCCCUCAACCUGCGCAGACCUUGUAAACCCCAGCACCGGACGCUCCGAAUGUGCAGCCAACAAAUCCAGGUGCAAUGACAGUGUUUACAGAGAUAUGAUGAAAACCCAAUGCCCAAAAACUUGCGGAUACUGCAAAUAAUAAGAUUUUUCACUUUGGAUGAUUGGUGUGUAGAUGAAUAGAAAGUGAAAAUGAAGCAUUUUAUGAUGAAAAAA